AUGCGUAUGAGUCUACUGGGAACGCCUUAUCCAGAACCAAGGGACUACAGAUACCUUAAACUGCGGGAUAUCGUUAAGACGGAUGUCUAUCGAUCCGUCUAUCGAUCCGUCUAUCCGCCCGUCCAUCGAUCCGUCUAUCCGUCCGUCUAUCCGUCCAUCUAUCCGUCCGCCUAUCCGUCCAUCGAUCCGUCGGUCUAUCCGUCUGUCUAUCCGUCCGUCUAUCCGACCGUCUAUCCGUCCGUUUAUCCGUCCUUCGAUCCGUCCGUCGAUCCGUCUGUCGAUCAAUCCAUCGAUCCGUCCGCCGAUCAGUCCGUCGAUCCGUCCGUCGAUCCGUCCGCCGAUCAGUCCGUCGAUCCGUCCGUCGAUCCGUCCGCCGAUCAGUCCGUCGAUCCGUCCGUCGAUCCGUCCGCCGAUCAGUCCGUCGAUCCGUCCGUCGAUCCGACCGUCGAUCCGUCCGUCGAUCUGUCCAUCGAUCCGUCCAUCGAUCCAUCCAUCGAUCCGUCCGUCUAUCCGUCCGCCUAUCCGUCCGUCGCUCCGUCCAUCGAUCCGUCCAUCGAUCCGUCCGUCUAUCCGUCCGCCUAUCCGUCCGUCGAUCCGUCCAUCGAUCCGUCCAUCGAUCCGUCCAUCGAUCCGUCCAUCGAUCCGUCCGCCUAUCCGUCCGCCUAUCCGUCCGUCGAUCCGUCCGUCGAUCCGUCCGUCGAUCCGUCCGUCUAUCCAUCCAUCGAUCCGUCUCUCGAUCAGUCCGUCGAUCCGUCUGUCGAUCCGUCCUUCUAUCCGUCCGUCUAUCCGUCCGUCUAUCCGACCGUCGAUCCGUCCGUCUAUCCGUCCUUCGACCCGUCCGUCGAUCCGUCCGUCGAUCCGUCCGUCUAUCCGUCCACCUAUCCGUCCGUCGAUCCGUCCGUCUAA